AUGAAAGCAACCCCGCUUUCAAUCCUACCCCUCAGUUCAAUCGUCAGAUCAUUGGCGAUAACGUCAAUUUCGUCCUCAACUCUCCUCCUGCCCCCUUCUCUUUAUAUAAUGGCCAAACUGGCACACACCAACUUGCCGAUCCUCUCCCCAGACACAAACCCGGUCUUGCAACACUUCCUCAAACGAACAUUCUACAGACAGUUCUGCGCUGGUGAGAAUUCUUCGGAAGUCCACAAGACAGCUUCGAACUUGCGCUCCCUUGGAUUCAGUGGUGUCAUCCUCGCCUAUGCAAAAGAGGUCGUACUCUCGGAAUCCCAACAUGCCUCCCUUGAGUCCUGCGGCGAGUCUUCUGCUGCUGAACAAUGUAUAAGAGAAGAGAUCAUUCCCUGGGCAAACGGUACAAUGGAAACUGUCAAGAUGACUCGACCUGGUGAUUUCGUGGCAUUGAAGUUUACUGGUGCUGGAAGUCAAGCUUUGUUUGAUCUAAGCCAAGAGACAGGACCGAGUGAAGCUUUGAGGGAAGCUAUUGAUGGAAUUUGCAGUCUCGCUGAAGCCAGAGGUGUCAAACUAUUGUUCGACGCUGAGCAGGCGGCUGUGCAGAAGGGUAUCGACAGAUGGACCUUGCAAUAUAUGCAAAGGUACAAUUGCAAGACACCUGGACACGCCACUGUGUAUGGUACAUACCAAGCUUAUCUCAAGGCUACGCCAAAGGUACUCGCGGGACAUAUGAAGGCCGCAAGAGAAGGCGGAUUUACCCUAGGUGUCAAGCUAGUACGAGGAGCUUACCUGGGAAGUGAUCCGAGACAUCUGAUCCAUGACACGAAAGCAGAUACAGACAGGGCGUAUGAUGGUAUUGCCGAAAGUCUGUGUCGUCGUUCCUAUGGACCUAUUCUCCAGGCUGUGGAUAGCGAGAAGAAGUUUCCUGAAGUUAAUGUUGUGCUAGCAGGACACAAUAUCCAUUCUGUCAGAAAGGUCAAGGCUUUGAGACAGCAGCAGAAGGAAAGAGGAGAGCAGCAGAUUGAACUUGUGUAUGCCCAGCUACAGGGUAUGGCUGACGAGGUUAGCUGUGAGUUGGUGCAAGCCGGAUUGAGCGAGAAGCGUGAGAAAGCAGAACUGGAUGCGCCCAAGGUUUAUAAGUACUUGGUGUGGGGAACUACGGGAGAGUGUAUGAAGUACUUGCUUCGAAGGGCGCAAGAGAACAAAGAUGCCGUACAGAGAACGAGAGAUGGCAGGGAUGCUAUGGCGAAUGAGCUGUGGAGGAGAAUGAGGCAGACUGUUGGUUUGGGUGCUUGA